AUGGACAUCACACCAGGCCCAGAUGGUCGUUUUGGGUUUACCAUUGUGGGAGACUGCCCCCUACUGGUGGAGGACUGCUCUCCUUGUUCCCCAGCUGGCCGCGCAGGCCUGAGGGCCGGGGAUUAUGUCAUGGAGGUGAACGGCAUCCCAGUCAGGCAGCACGAGAUGGCUGCAGCACUAAUAAAGGCAUCCCAGGGGAGGACACUCCGCCUGGGAGUGCUGUGCCUUGGGCCAAGGCACAAACAGAGCAUCAGCAUAGAGGACAGUCAGAUGGGUGGUGAGGGGGCAAGACUGGACCGCAAAUACAAGGCUCUGGAGUUUAACAGGAAGGUUGACCAGAUUUUAGGUGAUGAGCCGGAAGUGAAAGAGAGGCUCUUCGCUGUGCUGAAGCAGUAUGCUGCGGAGAAGAAAGUUGAGUGGUUAGCUUCUGUUCUGCCGGAGAUACUUACCACAGAUGAACAUCGACAGCUCAUCUCCAGCAUCAGAAUCUUCAUUCCCAAGAAGCACCGGCAGCGCUUCGACGAUACCGUCUCCCAGAACGUGAUCAACCGGCUCUGUCGCAGCAAGAGCAUCAGCGAGCCACAUGGCAGAAUCCGCCGCAGUCGGAGCGAGGAUCACUCCGAUCGCCACCGCGGGUCCAAACGGGCCAGCUCGGUGCCAAGGGAUGGCGAACCCGGAGGGAGGGGUGAAGCGGAGAGAGAGAGGGGCUUAAGGAAGUCCAUCUCAGGGAUGCCCGUGCAUCCCCCCAUUGGACCCAAUCAGAGGAUUGUUCGUGUCUACAGGGGGAAGAAGAACUUUGGCUUCACGCUGAGAGGUCACGCUCCCGUCUGCAUCGACGCCGUUAUCCCAGAUAGUCCCGCUGAGGAAUGUGGACUGAAACCAGGCGACCGCAUCCUUUUCCUCAACGGACUGGACAUGAGGAACUGCUCCCAUGAAAAGGUGGUGUCUAUGCUGCAGGGCAGCGGAGCAGUGCCCACUCUUUUAGUGGAGGAGGGUCCCUCUGACUUUUCUUCAGAUCAAACUGACCCAGAGGAAUCCUCUAGUCUGGCCCCCACCACGAUACCACGCUCUAGGUCUCCAGGUCUCAGUUCUCUCCAGUGGGUUGCAGAGAUUCUUCCACCGAGCAUCAAAGUCCACGGGCGGACUUUCAGCCAGCAGCUGGAGCACCUGCUGACCAUCCAGGAGAGAUACAGUGUCUGCAAGGCAUUAGAGACCUUCUUCCAACACAGGAACGUGGACACUCUGAUCGUGGACGUGUUUCCAGUGUUGGACACUCCAGCCAAACAGCUGAUCUGGAAGUUCAUCUACCAGCUACUGACCUAUGACGAACAGGAGCGCUGCCAGAGCAAACUGUCCCGCUUCCUUGGCUACAAGAGCAACGCAUUACUGGAGCCUGACAGCGGUCCGGAGCACCAUCGACGCAGCAGCUCUAUGCGUGUGACAGGGACGUCGUACCGCAACAACAUCCGAGAGAGGAGCUCAGAUGACUGCAUCAUCGGGACUCACUUAGGAAUGGGAAUUCAUAUCGAUGAAUCUGGGAGCCCGGAGGAGAGGCAGUCAGGAGAUGGGACCUCCUUCCCCGAGUCCCCUGACCUCAAUCAUAUGACAGGUGUGUAUACGGAGCUGGAGAACGUGUACGCAGGAAAGAGUGUGCCUCCACUGCAGUGUGGCUCCUCACCAGAGCCUGAGAGCCCUCUCUCUCCCCUCACACUUCCCACCCUCACAGGUAAUCGUAAAUCUGGCCUGUCCCUGUCCUGGAAAGAGCCUCUCCCCACUCCUGUGUAUGAAAUCCACCACCAAAGCAGCAUAGACUCCAAUCCUUAUGUCAGCCUGGAGAGCCCCCCGGCCUCCCCUCAACCCUCAGACAGCUGUCCCAACACGCUGACCCGCCGCAAAAAGCUGUUUACCUUCUCCCGGCCACCUCGCAGCAGAGACACAGACAAGUUCCUGGACUCCCUGAGCGAGCAGCUGGGCCACCGGGUCACGCUGGUGGAUGACUUUGUGCACGGGGAGAACGACUAUGAGGAGAUGAGCUUCCAGGAGGACCAGGAAAUCGGCUUCAUGCCUCGGCAGCUCAGCAGCGGCAGCAGCGAGGAUCACAGCAGCAGCGACGAGGCCUCCUCUCCCUGCUACUCUUCUGGAUCCGAACCAAUCCCACCACCUCCCACCCAAAGCCCCCCACCUCCUCCACCCUUGCAGGCUCUGAUACCCCCUCCGGUUCCUUUUACUGACCCUCUCCCGCCAGUACGCUUCUCACCAGAGCAUGUUCCCCGCAGCCGUAUGCCCUUCCAACCACACCACCCCAUCAUCCCUCCUCCUCCACCUCCUCCGAGGACCAUCCUGUCUAGCCGCUCUCCUCUGCACAAAAAGCUCCCAACCAGAGACGAAACAGAGAAAACUCACCAGCGCUUCCAACCCACUAUCCGCCUCGGCCACACCACCCUGACCUCUACCACCACCCUGCGCUCUCGCCCCAGCUACCUCCCACGGCAGUUCAGCCAGCCCCAGCCUAUCCAUCAACCCUCUCCCCAACCCGCCCCACAGCUGCUGAGGCCGAGCCAGCUUGUCCUGCAGAGGCACCACCAGCUCCACCACCAACACAGCUACCAGGGCCCACUGCCGCCGUCCCUUCAGGAACAUAGCCCAUCCCAGUGUCAGAGCCAUGGCCAUGCAGGCUCCUCACUGCACCCACAGCCCUCUCACUCCACCCUCCCCAGUCACAUGAAGACCUUGGAAACCACAAGGCAGGAACACCAAUCACAACAGGCUCCACCCCCGCCUCCUCCACCGUUGCCUCCACCUUGUGACCCACCUCCACUGCCCAAGCCAGGCCAGAAAGCCUCAGACACCAACCACAUGAGUGUAAAGAGGCUGCGCUGGGAGCAGGUGGAGAACUCUGAGGGAACAAUAUGGGGUCAGCUCGGGGAGGAUUCAGACUAUGACAAGCUCACCGACAUGGUGAAGCACUUAGACCUCGACCUGCACUUUGGGACUCAACGCAGAUCUACGCCAGCCUUCCAGCCAGAGAACUUAAAAAAGAAAGACGUGGUGGAGAUUCUGUCUCAUAAGAAAGCCUACAACGCUUCCAUCCUCAUUGCCCAUCUGAAAAUCUCCCCCGUGGAGCUGCGUCAGGUGUUGAUGAACAUGACCACCGACAGACUGGAGCCGGCCCACAUCAAGCAGCUGCUGCUGUACGCCCCAGACGAAGACGAGGUGAAACAGUACGAGCAGUUUGAUCAGGACCCGGGCAAGCUGAGCGAGCCGGACCAGUUCAUUUUCCAGAUGCUAAUGGUGCCUGAUUAUAAGACUCGCCUGCGGAGCCUCCACUUCAAGACAACCCUACAAGAGAGGACAGAGGAGAUGAAGAUCGCAUACGAUUACAUCUACAAGGCUUCAGUGGAGCUGAGGAGCAGUAAGAAACUGGCCAAAAUCCUGGAGUUUGUUCUUGCAAUGGGAAAUUACCUGAACAACGGGCAGCCGAAGAGCCACAGAACAACCAGUUUUAAGAUCAACUUCCUAACUGAGCUAAGCACAACCAAAACAGUAGAUGGGAAAUCCACCUUUCUCCACAUUUUGGCCAAGUCCUUGUGCCAGCACUUCCCGGAGCUGCUCAACUUUCCCAGAGACCUGACAACAGUGCCUCUGGCUGCUAAAGUGAACCAGAGGGCCAUCACAACAGAGCUGAGUGACCUUCACUCCAUCAUAAAGGACAUCAGAGCGGCCUGUCAGAAGAUCCAGCCCGCCCCUGAGGACCACUUCACUUCAGUCAUGAGUAAUUUUCUGGAGAACAGCCACCCUGCGAUCCAGUCUCUGGAAUCUUUGCAGACCAGAGCCAUGGAGGAGUUCACCAAGGUGGCCUCCUACUUUGGAGAGGACAGCAAGUCCACCAGCACAGAGAUCUUCUUCGGCAUUUUUUCAGAGUUCAUGUCCAAGUUUGAGAGAGCUCUCAGUGAGAUCCAGACUCCGGAAAACCCCAGAAGCCCCAGACUGUCUUCCCCUCUGGCCUGGUAGAAUCAAGAAAUGCAGGCAGAUGUCGGGCCAAACCGAAAAGGCCGGUUAGCUCAAUUUUCACUCUGCUCUCCAUAACCAAAGUGCCAAGAUCACACGCAGACACUCAAACCGACGGGAACAGAGGCCGCGUCAUCUAUAGCAAAUAGAAUGGAAAAGCGCUGUGUCUAUAUGUAGAUAAUCACAACAGUUAUGAGUCACGAGUGCCCCGUGUGCAACAGUGCUGUUACUUCAGGUGCUGGGUAGAGCAGGAACAUUCAGGUGUCCACAGGUCGAUAGGAACUCCACACCGUACACGCAAUACUUACACCAGUUAUUAACAUUACUUACAUCUCUUUUUAAUGCGCAUUAAUUAGUAAAUUUGUAAAGAAUGUAAGAAAGAAGCCUUCCAAGACUGCUCCCCUUCAUCUCGAUGCCACAUUAAAGUGAGAUUUAAGCAAUGACAGCAACCGGUAUGAAUAUUUAGAUGUUUAUUAUACAACAAUAUAAAGUUUAUAUUUUCUAUCAGAUCAUAUUUGAAAAUUGUAAAGAUUAAGCGUAAAUGUAGACUGAUGACAGCUAUCUGGAAUCAAGAUGACUGACAGGUGUAGUUUAGUGUUAGUGUAGUGUUUGAUGGUGCACUCACUGCCCUCCCAUACAGCGGGAUAUAUUUUAAACAUUCAGAAAUAAUAGUGACAUUUUUAAACAAUUUUUGUCCAAAUCGUGGAUCUAGAACAUCAGAUGUGGUCAUAUUUGUCUAAUUUACUGUGAAUUUAAAAGACAUUGGGGGGGGAAUCCACAUCCAACUCUGAUUCUAAAGUGUUUAGGAUCAGUGGAUCAUUUCUAUGGAAGCAAAGCAAGGCCAUAAAGAUCGUAGUUUUUAUUUCUAGUUAUUAAUUAAAAAAAUAAUAUGUUUGCAAAUAUAUUAAAACAACUAGUACUUUAAAAAAUACAAGUCAAGCCAAAUGUCAAAACUCAAAUUAUUAAUGGAAAAUGUAUUUGUCAUUUGAACAUAUGAUAAGAAUUGUUUGGCCCAUAUCCUUUCAGGUUAUUUUGUUACUUAUGGCAAUUUAGGGAGAGCAAUUUAACUGCAAAUGCCGCAGGUCCUCAGCAACUUUGCUUUUAUAUAGAAAUAUAACCAGAAUACAACCAGCUGUCAACAGAUGAAUUGAGUCCCCCAUUGCAAAGAGAUAAAUCGCCGAGUUGCCGUCAUUAGCGCAGACUCGGAUUGAUUGCAACGUGUUGGCAACUUGUCUGCAUCAAUUAGAUGUCAGUCCAUCUGUGUGUUGGGUGGUCCUGGCUCAUUUUUGUUUCAGCUUUAUACAUUAAAGGCAUUAUCAAGACACCAUCACUCCAUGUCUCCAUGCAGUACAACAAGCCAUUUUGCACAUGAGCUGAAGCCUUUGAACAUGAGGUCAUAUUCAUUCAGCAUCACUGCUGUUCUCCCUGUGAGAACUCGGUGAGAUCCACAUGCAUUUGCACAUUUGUUUGAGUGCUCUGAGUGUUUUGCAAACAGUACUGCACCUUUCAUGGCCAGGCAGCUCCGCCUGCCAUCAGCACAUCACGAAUUUCAGUGUGGGUGAUCAAUAACUCUUUUCCAGUAAUUAAUGUCCUUUUUUUGGCAGUACUCAAAGAUGAAAGCCAGCUUCAUUGUGAAGCAUGAGCUGUUUGCUUCUGGCAGAGAGGACCGCUAAUGGUUGUGCAAUUUGUCGAGCGUUUCUAGUGUUGCGAAUGCAUCCCUGCUUGAAUGAGUGGGCGGCUGCUGGAUGAAUGCACGUCAAACGCGUGCGGGGAGGAAAAACACUGUAAAUGGACAUUUCCUGCUUUUCUGGUUGUCAUGGUGAUGCCAUGACUCCUCUACUGUACAGUGUACCUGUAGCUGUGUUGUAUUUCUGUUGAUGAACUAUUGAAAUUGUAAAUUCAUUGGAGACUUUUUUUUUUUUUUUUUGCUAUGCACUGCUCAUCAUUUUCAUUUUUUAUUGUAUUCUCCUGCGUCCUCCGAGUCCUAGUUCAUUUUCUUAUUCAAGAGUGUCAUCAGGAAAUUACCAUUUUAUUUAUAUUCUUAAUGCAUAGCUUUAGCCAGGCUUACGAGGUGACCAUGACCUCGUAACAAUGCAAUCCUAGCUGCUACAGGUGUAGUAACAGUGUUUCUUGUCCCAGUCAUUUGCAUGUUGGUGCAGUUAAUGUACAAAAGAUGUGCAGCUGGUAGCAUUUACCCUCCCUGGAUAUUUAGGUUUAUUUAGGUUAGGUGCACUUCUGUUAGUCUAGUUAGGUUAAUUUAUUGGUUCUCUUUUAUAACUGUUUUAUAUGUUUUCAUGAAAAGUUGCUCAUGUUUUGUGAUCAUUUUACCUUUUUGUUUGCUUUCAGAUGAAGGAUAUGUUUUGAUCUAAUAAAAGAACAUGCCUGAAA